AAAAAAGGGACAAAGAUGCAGACGAAAUCAGCGUCUCCUCCGGCCUCAGAGCCGGAGCUUUCCCCCGAGCCAGACUGUCCACAACCUGCUCCACAGCCAGACCAGGGACUACAAGAUGAGAUAGAGAGAUUGGAGGAUGAAAACGAUGAUCUAAAGACUGAAAUCGAGGAGAUGCGGGCAGAGAUGGAUGAGAUGCGGGACACUUUUUAUGAGGAAGACGCCUGCCAGCUGCAGGACAUGCGCAGAGAGUUGGAAAGAGCCAAUAAGAACUGCCGGAUUCUCCAGUAUCGACUGAAGAAGGCCGAGAGGAAAAGGCUCCGGGUUACAGAAAGUGGACAGGUGGAUGGAGAACUGCUCAGAAGUCUAGAGCAAGACCUGAAGGUGGCAAAGGAUGUGUCUGUGCGCUUGCACCAUGAGCUGGAGAGUGUGGAGGAGAAGAGGACAAAGACAGAGGAUGAGAAUGAGAAACUGAGGCAGCAGCUGAUAGAGGUGGAGGUCACCAAGCAGGCCCUGCAGAAUGAGCUGGAGAAAGCCAAAGAGCUCUCACUGAAAAGAAAAGGAAGUAAGGAUGGCCAGAAAGCAGAGAGAAAGGCUCCACAGACCCCGACUGAGGAAGAAAAUGACGAUCUUAAAUGUCAGCUAGCCUUCAUCAAGGAGGAAGCCAUCUUGAUGAGGAAAAAGAUGGCAAAGAUCGACAAGGAGAAGGACCGACUGGAGCAGGAGCUGCAGAAGUAUCGCUCCUUCUACGGGGAUGUGGACAGCCCACUGCCUAAAGGUGAGGCUGGAGGGCCCCCCACCACCCGUGAAUCAGAGCUGAAGCUCCGCUUGCGCCUGGUGGAGGAGGAGGCAAACAUCUUGGGGAGAAAGAUUGUGGAGCUGGAAGUGGAGAACAGGGGGCUUAAGGCUGAGCUGGAUGACAUGAGGGAGGACAGCUCUGGCAGUGGAGGGCAGCAGUGCAGGGAGCAGGGCGAGGCUCUGUUAGAGCUGAGGCAGCAGCUCCAGCUGGUGGAAGAUGAGGCUGAACUCCUCCGCAGAAAUUUAGCAGAUGUGGAAGAAGAGAACAAAAAGGUAACGAGUGAGCUUAAUAAACUGAAGUACAAGGCUGGAUCUCAUGAAGCUGGAAUGAGACAUGGAGGAGGAACUGACCCCGCUAAAGUGGAGGCCCUCCAGGAGGAACUGAAAGCAGCGCGUCUGCAGAUCAAUGAACUAAGUGGCAAAGUUAUGCAGCUCCAGUAUGAGAACCGCGUGCUGCUCUCCAACAUGCAGCGCUAUGACCUGGCCUCCCACCUGGGUAUCCGAGGCAGCCCGCGGGACAGCGACGCAGAGAGCGACGGAGGGCGGGAUGAUGACACCCCCUCAGCCUCGGCUUCCUCCCCUCGCCUCCUCCCACCCCACCGCAAACGUGAGGGCCCUAUCGGAGGGGAGAGUGACUCAGACGAGGUGAGGAACAUCCGCUGCCUUACCCCAACACGCUCACUGUACUCACCUGUGGAUAGCCGUUUUUUAUCCAGAAGCCUGAAGGACCGGCAACACAUGAUAGACAUCCGCAUCGAGGCGGAGAGGCUGGGCCGGACCAUCGAUAGGCUCAUCGCUGACACCAGCACUAUCAUUGCCGAGGCUCGCGUCUACGUCACCAAUGGCGAGCUGUUUGCCAGGCUGGAUGAGGAUGAGGAAGGUGGCAGGAUCAGAGAACAUGAGCUGCUGUAUCGCAUUAAUGCCCAGAUGAAAGCCUUCAGGAAGGAGUUGCAGAGCUUUAUUGACCGGCUGGAUGUCCCCAAGCAGGAGGAUAAACAUGCAGAGGAGCCGCUGUCUGUAAGCAAGAUGUUUCAGCCCAUUAUUUUGCUGAUCCUCAUUCUUGUUCUGUUUUCCUCACUCUCUUAUGCCACCAUUUUUAAAUUGGUAUUCCUUUUCACCCUGUUCUUUGUUCUGUAA